UUAAAUCUUUUUUAAUAUCACGUCACUGUCAAUAUAGUGUCUAUAAAUACAACACAGAGGAGUUAUGAUAUAAAAAUUACGAUAAAGCAUUAUAUUUGAUGCCAACAAUCAUUCAAAAUUUAAAAAACAUAUUCCGGACAUAGUUACUCAGAAUGAAUGUAUUUACAGUUUUAAUGUGGAAGCAUUACAUAAUAAGAAAGCGACACAUGUGCAUGACAAUAUUGGAGUUGUUCACUCCACUCUUCCUGUUAUUACCUCUGAUUGGAUUUCGCAACGUUACUACGACAAUACAAGACAAUGCUCUCAGAUCUCCACCAACGGCGCCGCAUCUUGUGUACACACCGAACACGGAACUGACUAGCAGGCUUAUAGAAAAAGUUUCGGACACCCUGUACAUACCUCCAUACGAACCUAUUCCAGAUAAAAUGGAGCACAGUUACAUGAGAUCGCACGAAAUAAAAUCAGAAGAAGAACUGAAUCUAUUGCAGUCCGUCGAUGGUCUUGUGGUUUUUGAGAAUCUAGAUGGUGAAUAUUUACCGGAUUAUCUUAAUUAUACAAUACAUUUAAGAAAUCCGCAUCACCUCACAGUCAUGACAAGGAGAAGGGAUUACGAACAUUUAGAUGAACUAAGCGAAUCAUUCCUCCGGGUUCAAUGGGCUAUAGAUUCAAGCUUUAUAAAAAUAAAGGCCAACACAGAUGAUGAUUUGCAGAAUAUAACAAUGAAGGAACUGAGGAGUAAUGUUCACCAACUAGCCCUUGAUCGUACAUUAUCCGAUAUCUUAUUCUUUUCCUUGAUCGCAGUCACUUUUAUUGCCCCCAUAUUUUCCUUCACACAAAUCAUGCUGCGAAUGAACGAAGACAAAACAACAGGAAUCCAGGAGAUCUCUGAGAUGGCUGGGGCAUCGUCGUUAAUGAUAUGUCUAUCGCAAUUAGUGAAUUCAUUUCCACCGUCGCUAAUGAUGGGUGUGGGCAGUAGUAUAGUAUGCCAACUGCUGGACAUCGAGGCAAACCCCUUCAUCACAUUCACCGGCUGGUUCCUUCACUACAUGACAGUAAUCGCAUUCGCUUUCGUCCUCAGCUACAUCACCAAAACCAUUUGGUACACAGUAUCUAUAUCAAUGUUAGUGUACCUCGCCACGUGGUUCCCUGCCAUUAUCAUUGAAGUUGGAAGCUUUACUAUUAUAGGAUUGAUCCUAAAAGGAUUGUUGCCUCACGCUCCAUUCAUCUGGUUUAUUCAUCAGAUAUUCGUAGCUAGUGAAUUAGGUGUAGGAAUUGAUUUUUCCACUUGGUCCGGAGAGUUUCACCGCUUCGACGACGGUAGCAGGAGUGGCAGCAUUCGACUUUCUUUCAUCAUGCAAUUUCUACAAAUUAUCAUGUGCUUUUUACUCACCUUUUACUUGGAGCUUGUAAGGCCGAGGAAGUUCGGUAUUCAAAGACCUUGGCACUUUCUUUGUCAGAAAGGAUAUUGGGAGAAACCACAAAUUACCGAAUGUGAUAAUCUAAUGAAGAUCAAUCAAGACCCCGCCUAUGAGAAAUUCUUCCAGCAACCUCCGGAACCAGCGAUUCAAGCGGUUGACAUUGUUAAUCUACAGAAGAUGUACAGAACAAACACUGGAGCGACGAUAUACGCUGUCGAUAAUAUAUCAGCUAGGUUCUACGAGGGGGAGAUCACCGUUAUUAUAGGACACAACGGCGCGGGAAAGUCAACUCUUAUAUCGAUUAUUGCAGGAAUGUUAAGACAAACAUCAGGAAAUGUGUAUAUAAACGGACUUGAUACAUUGACACGUCAAGUAGACUUGAGACGUAAAGUUGCCAUUUGUCCUCAGAGCAAUACUUUGUACCCUGAUUUGACUGUCCGGGAGCAUUUAAUGUUUUUUUGCAUGAUGAGAGGUGAUUCGAUGGAAAAAGCGCAGGAUUACGCGGAAGAAGUUAUGAAGCAGUUGGACCUUUAUUCUAAGGAGACGUGGACGCCGGAGAAGAUGUCGCAUGGGAUGCUGCGGCGACUGCAGUUCGGCUGCACGCUAUGCGGCGAAGCUAACCUGCUGUUGCUGGAUGAACCCACUUCCGGCCUCGACGUCGAAGCCAGAAGGGAGAUCUGGGAUAUAUUGUUGACACUCCGAGGUCAUCGGACGGUAAUCAUGUCGACGCACUACAUGGACGAGGCGGACAUCUUGGCCGAUCGCAUUCUGGGCCUUCACUCGGGCAUAAUACGAUGCUAUGCGACCCCAGAAUAUCUCAAGAAAGCAAUUGGUGCGGGAUUUCGUGUGUCAAUAACAACGCGACAGCUACCAGACCUGCACAAGAUCUGUUCAGUGAUGCGCGAGAUGUCUCCCGAUGCUGAACUGAGCGACAAGAUUCUGCGUACGCUUGUCUACGAAAUCUCCCCCGCAACUGACAUGGAGUGCCUCCUUAAUAAGCUUGAAGCCUGCAGAUCCAAGCUUGAUAUAGAAUCUAUUGGGAUUGGCACUGUAACAAUGGAAGAAGUUUUUAUGAAGUUGUGUAGCGAUAUUUGCUUGGAUGCGUUUCACCAAAGUGUGCAAUUUUUAAAAAAAUCGGAGGAGUUCUGUUUUGACCCGAGAUGGACGGUAUUUUUGACCCAGACGAGAGAAUUGUUCAGGAGGCAGAUUGACUUUAGUCUAUCAAAACUUGUACCGUUUUUAUUGCUGCAAUUCAUUUGUCCCUUGGCUCUGUGCCUGCUUCUAACUAACGUGUUAAACAAUCCACAUGUCCUGGCCUAUUUAAAAAUGGACCUGAACAUGUACAAUGAAGUAGACGCGCCUGUUGCUACCUAUGAUAUCAGCAGCAGUGGCGACCUCGGCGACAUCAUAGAUAAACUAAAGAUCGCCUACCCACAUCUCAUACUGCGUCAAGCGAAAGCACAAACUGGUCACCAUAACUGCGAUUGUGAUAAAUGUAAAUCGCAGAAGAGAACAUUCUCCAGAGAUAUCAUCGAUGUUUACGUGGACGAUCACCAGGCGAAGCUAAACUACGACAGCAGCGUGAAGCAUUCAGCGUCUGUUGGAUUAAACUUGCUUAGCAACAUCAUAGCCGCUCAGCGGCUGGGUGCUAGUUACGAGCCGUUCAUCACAAUGCGCGUCAUCUACGGCUACUUUGACUGGAAAAAGCCGAAAAGUGAACUUAAUUGUUACAUGUUCGCAUCUAUAAGCGUGUAUAUAAUAUUAUCGGCGGCGAUGAAUGACAUAAUGCUGCCGUACCGAGAGCGAAUGGCGUACACUCGCUACCUGCACGUAAAGGCCGGCUGCCCAUCUGUGCUCUACUGGCUGGUCACGCUGCUCUACAACAUGGGCCACUAUCUCCUGCUACACUGCAGUGGCACCAUCAUCGCCGCCACAGUACUCGACAAAGACGACACUCUCGAUAACGUCGAAACAAUGAAUGCCUACUUACUUGCCCUUAUCAUGUCGGGAUUGAGCUUUUUCACAUUUGUAUAUUUCCUGACGUAUUUCUGCCAUGAGAAGACUAUCGGUUUGGUAGUUUUGCUGCUUCUGAUUUAUUUUGGUUUGUAUGCUCAUGUACUUAAGUUCGCUUACGAGAGCCUUGGCGUGCAUCAUGGAACUCUGUUGUUGGUGGACAACUUAAGCAUGUUCAUACCGAUGUAUAUAUUCGUGCUGUCGAUCAAAAGGCUUACGAAUUCUGCACGCUACAACCAAAUGUGCCUGUAUUACCACCAGUUUUGUAGCCAGGCGCAAGGACCGCUGGAUUAUCCUUCGGAUGUUUGUUGCGACAGGUCCAUGGGGUAUGGUCACUGGUUCAGUCCUUACAGAGUCUCGACGGAUGGCAUGGGUGUGCCGCUCUUAAUAAAUACUGCUCAAGUAAUAGUUUUCACUACUCUUGUUUUACUGUUAGAGUAUCAACAUUUAGAAAAGUUAUGGAAUGAGAUGAAAAAACGGCGCGCCUAUCCUCUGCCAACUAGAAAAUAUGAUAAUCCAGAUGUUUUUGCAGAAAAGGAGCAAGUAAGAACCACGAUUGAAAGGCCAAUUGAAACCAUAAAGGAGACGAUGCUUGUGAGUCGAUGUUGGAAAGUCUACCUAUUACAGCUUAGAUGCAAAUUCUUUGGUUUGAAAGACGUUAACUUUUCUCUAAGAAAAGGGGAAUGCUUCGGAUUGACCGGACUAAAUAGCAGCGGGAAAACUACGGUGUUCAAAAUAUUAACUCGCUACGAUUUGCUCACGAGAGGAAAUAUUUUCGCCAACAGCUACUUCAUUAAUAAAGAGCCGGGCAAUUAUUUACACAGUCUUGGCUACAGUCAUCAGACAUUCGGUAUGGACUUCUUCCGGAGCGGCGAGGUGAACCUGCGAACAUUGCUGGCUUUCCGUGGCCUCACCGCCGCGGAUAUCGAGUGUGAAAAUAAUACUUGGCUCAAAGUUAUUGGUAUGGAUCAGUCGCGGUCAUACAUGGUGUCGGGUCUGAGUGGCGGCAUGCGGCAGAGGCUGAGUACGGUGACGGCGCUGAGCGGUGGUACACCUAUCUUGCUGAUGGACGAGCCUACGAACGGCCUAGACCCCGCCGCGCGCCGUGUUAUCUGGGAGGCCCUGGAGUACAACCUCUGCUACGGUCGCUCCCUCGUCUUAGCCUCGCACAACAUGGAGGAAGUUGAGCGGCUGUGUAACAACUUCACGGUCUUGGACGAGGGCGAGAUGAGCAUGUUGUGUACACCUACGCACUUCAGGCUUUCGUACGCUCGCGGCCACACUGUGCUCAUCAAACUGCGCGUCAACAGCGUUGUAACAGAUCCGGGAUUAUCACGAGUCGAAACGCUAAAAGAAAAGCUCACAGCAGAAUUCAAAAGUCCCCUAAGAGACGAACAUCUGACCUGCCUGAGGUACAUCGUAGAGGCGCGGCUACACUACAGCGAGGUCUACUGCAAGGUGUACGAGCUGACGCAGGAGUUUGCAGACAUCGUAGAGGACUUUUCGGUGUUCGACGGCACUUUGGAGGACGGCUUUAUCCAGUUCGUACAAGACAGCCGCUUUAACGUGCGCCAAGCACAGACCUGGUAGCUCACGCGCUUGGUAAUCGCGGAAACGUUAUGUGAUGGUACUUUUCUAAGCGUGCAUUUACAAGGAAUGUAGUGCGAUAAAUUUUAGAGUAAGUAUCAGAAUGCAUAGUUUACUGUGAAUUUACAGUGUCUUAACAUAUAGAGCGAUGACAAUAUGUCUUUAUACAAACGUUUGGACUGUGAAAACCUACAGCUAUGUUAAACAUUCUCAACGCAGAAAUUGUAAUAUUAUCUAUGGUUAUGCGAAAGUCGCUUUUUUGAAGCUGCAUUUUUUUAGUAUGACUUUAACGUUUUAAUGUUAUCACGUUUUCUUAUGUACGAGGUGAAAAUAUAUUG